CUCCUUCUCCUCUUCCUUCUUCUUCUACAUCUCCUCCGUCUCCUCCGUCUCUUUCACCUCUUCCAUCUCCUCCCCUCUGCUUCAUAUCCGUCCCUCUACCAUCCCCUCAAAGAAAGAGUACAUUGCCAGCAGGCCCGGCGCAAAUAAUGCUGCUCACAAUCACUCUUUCAUAGUCUGCAAAGAGAGCCUCCUCAGUGCUUUCUCUUUCUCCUCGAACGCUAUCUCCCUCCCUCUCUCUACUCGUCCUCACUCCACCCAGAGGACCUCCACGUGCUGAGAGCGGAUCCUCGAAAGUCAAAAUGGUACAUGCGAUGCGAUCCAAGCUUCUCGUUCUCCUCACCCUCUGCUUCUGUAUCAGUCUUGCACUUGCACAGCCAUGGCCUAUUCAUGUGCAGAGGCGCGAUGGGUCUUCAUCUGCAUCAUCGACCCUGACCACCGAGGUCGCGCAGUCUUCUUCGAGUAGCCCCACCAAGUCUGAAGGCAGUGAUAGUGCGAGUAGUGCGAGCAGUGCCGCGGCGUCAACUACUUCUCAUUCUGGCGCUGCGUCGACGACUGUUCCUACGUCAGGUUCAGCUGCUCCUACCACGCUGGCUUCAACAUCAAGCUCCCAUUCCACGACAUACACUAUGCCUGUGAUAUCUGCAGUGACAUCAAACAUGAAUGGACCGGUCCCAACCCCUUCAGUCAACAACGAUUCUACAUUCAACUCGACGCUUACCCCUGGAAAGUUACCCCUUACACCCGAAAUCACCCCUGGAUUCGCUGUUGCAGGUGUGAUCUUGAUACUCAGCGGGGCCGUCUACACAAUUAUCGGCAUCAAGAACAGAUAUCUCCAUAUAUAUCUCUCUGCGGCGUACUUGGCAGGUUUAGCGGUUACGGUACUCAUCGUCUACGUUAUGAAUCCCCCGAUCCGCAACGCUAUACAGGGGGCAUAUGUCGUUGCGGUAGUGAUGACGGGGCUUAUCCUUGGCGGGGCAGCAAUCGCCUUUCCAGAGCUGACAGAAGGCCUGGGAUGCCUGCUCGGUGGCUUCUGCCUCAGCAUGUGGUUGCUGGUCUUGAAAUCGGGCGGCCUUCUGACCUCUACGGGUGGCAGAGCAGGGUUCAUUGCGGCCUUCACCAUCGCUGCCUUCUGUACCUCUUUCAGUCACAUCACCAGGCCGUAUGCAUUGAUUUGUUUCAUAUCCUUCGGUGGGGCUACCGCGGUAGUCCUGGGAAUUGACUGUUUUAGUCGCGCGGGUUUGAAAGAGUUCUGGGCUUAUGUCUGGAAUCUGAACACUAAUCUCUUCCCCCUGGGAGCUACUACCUAUCCUGUAACGAGAGGAAUUCGCGUGGAGAUAGCUGCGAUAAUCAUAAUCUUCGUAGCAGGUGUGGCAUCGCAGAUGAAGCUUUGGAAGGUCAUCAAGGAACGCCGCCAGCAACGCGCAGCUGAACGGUUAGAAGAUGAGAGGGCACUGGAGCAGGAGGAAGAGAAUAUUGGACGUCGUGUCGAAGACGAUAGUGCGCGGGAGAGAAGUCAGUGGGAAGCUGUCUAUGGAGACAAGGACGAGUUCAAAACCAUGCCAUCGAACAGGGAUUCGGGCGUGGGUGAUAUGGACAGUCAGAAGAAGGGCCCGAUGAGCACAGUCACCUCGCCGCGAAACUCCGACGAAGGCAAUAUCGAAAUGGUCGAGGUCCCGGUAACAUCCCCUACCACACCAGGCGUGGCUAGUGACACCGGACUCGUUAUGACGAGCAAAGACCAUGAUGGCGCUGUUACCGUUCGAGUUGCGCGCGACAUCAUCCAACCUGAAUCUGGAGUAGAUGAAAACGGAGUCCCAAUCGUGGCCCCCGAUCAUGCAAGUCAUGUGCCAGCCCAAGACCCUAUCCAAGAGGAGAAGGUCUGGGUUGUUGGCGCUGACGGUGAGGCACGGCUGGAGAGACGACCAUCGCAGCGAAGUUCCAAACAAGCAUCGGGAGCACCAGAAGUUGUUCCUCUUCCAUUCAAAGUCCCUGAAGGCGAGACAGAAGACGAUCGGUCCUCGGUAGCUACCUUUGCAGAUGAUGUGCCAGCCGAGGAGACGAGGCACUCUAAGCGCUUUUCUGCAGGUUCGGCCCUCCUGCGACGGAUAUCCCAGAGAUCACAGAGAAGCUCAAAGAGAUUCUCUCGUGGGGAAGGCGAGAGUACUGAGGAUCUUGUGGUCCCUAGAGCUUUUGAGGAUGAUCGAGCGAGCUCGAUUGCGGCAACUAUGGAUGAACUUAGUGAUGACGAGGAUAUGUUGAGCACAAGAUCUUCCAUGGAAAAUACUGACGAUGACGCUACUAUUCGGCCUUCAGGGCAGGUUGGGUCUGUUGUAGGUGACGAAGCACCCAGCCCUGAGUCGGCAUCUAAAGCAACUGAAGAGGCGCUUGCUGGGAGUUCCAAAGAAGCCACCGAGGGACCAAUCUCUGCUACCGCAGAAGGGUCAGAAAAUCCAGAGACAGUUCAGAUCGAGGAGUCGACAAUCGUGGAACGGCAGGCCGAUGUACCGAAAGUCGAGAAUCGAGAAGACGAGCAGAGAGUUGUGGAACAGCAAGUCGAGGAGCCGGUCGUCCAGCAAUCCUUGACAUCGAGUACAGAUCCAAAGCCGAUUCCCCAGACAAACAGCACCCCUGAAGUUGACUCGGGUGAGCAUGAGGAUGAGAAACCAGCAGAUGGCACUCCUUCUGCUGUAUCUGCUGCAGUACUAAAACCUGCGAAUCUCACUAAGGAGCACCUACCCAACCAGUUAUCGAAAGUGGUCACGUCGUAUCGAACAAAUGAAUGGGCCAAGCAUCUCGGUAACGCGGAGGUACCAGAAUUGGAGGAGUUGCAAUUGGAAGAUCCUGUGGAUGAUCAGACUACAGUUGCGGAUCCUGCUGUGCCUGUAGAUGUGGAGGAGCUUCAACAGACUCCCGAGAAUGCUCUCCCUCCCCCAGCAAGCUCGAUCUCGCAAAUGUCGAAUCGCCCUUCGCAUCUAAUGAGAUCGAACUCAGCGCCAUCAGGUUUACCGCCUCCGAGACCAGAGACCUCUACUGGUUUAUUAGAGCAUGGUACAGUUCCCCGCACCGUGUCACAGCAAUCCCUUCGCUCGCAAACCUCGCAACAAAACGUCAAAGCCCGCGGGUUGCGCAGCCCUUCGAGUCCCAAUAUUCCUCAACCGAUCGUUGAAUCACCCGUCGAGGAAGAUUCUGGGGAGUCCCUACCUGUGGGAUCAAGAAGAUCCCCCUCGCCAUAUGUUUCUUUCAGCCCUGGUAAUACUCUAAUGGGAAAACGCAGCACUAUGCUUCGUAACAGAAUUUCCUAUGCUUCCAAACUGUCCGCCACCUCACCAACGCCCGAACCUCCACAACAACAGCUCGAUAAUCCCAUUCCUUCCCAACAAAAAGGUGACGGAGAGCCAGUAUAUAAUACCAACUACCUCAACCACAGUAGCCCCGCCGUCUUAGACGACGACGACAUGCUACUCUCCGAACGCCGCAACAUGAUCCGCCAAGCUUCUCUCCAACAGUUAACUAGCGCAAGCAUGCAGCAGCCGCCCACACCCUUUGAUUCCCACCAACCACGCCGCCAGUCCUCCGUCCCUGGUCCCAUACAACGCGAAUAUCAACUUGCGUCUUGGCGCGAGAGCGUGCAGCAGGAUCUCCAAAGCACAGCCAAACCGACGAGGGCGAUUGAGCGGCGGAGAAGUACACUAUGGCUGGAGAAGCGAGCGGAGGAGGAGAAGAAGGCACUUGAGCAAAAGAAAAAGGAGGGGAGGGAUAGUGCAUUUGAUCAGAGAAUGAGGAGGGGGGAUCUGUUGGAAUUACAUCGGGAGGCGCUGCGGAAGAUGCAGGCGGCAGCUAAUAAAAAGCUGUGAGUCCUUACGAGUGGCUAUAGACACAGUAAGGCAAGGUAAUUUUCUAGUAUUCCUUAGUAUCUAAUGAAAACAGCGGACAAAAUGGGCAGGAUCGAAUGGUUCACGAGUGUGACGAGGAGGAUUGUGCAUAUGGCAGGACUUGGUUAUAUAUCAAAUGGUGCGAGGCCUUGCUUGGCUAUGUAAAUAGAGGAUCUGAUACCUAGGUAGGUAGGUAGGAAACCGAUC